AUGGACACUGCCCCGGGGCGGCAGGAGGAGGGUGAAGAGGGAAACAAACCACACAAGGUACGGCUGAACACGGCGUUCAAGGAACAGGCGGGGAGUUUGGCCGAAUACUUGAACUGCCCCAUCUGCAUCGAGCUGUUCGACCAGCCGGUCAUUCUGGACUGCGGCCACAAUUUCUGCCAGGCCUGUCUCCAGGUGUACUGCGAGGGCGGCGAGGCCAACUCGUGUCCCCAGUGCGGGACUGUGAUCGGGGACAACAGCGUGAGGGCCAACCGGGCGCUGGGCCACCUGGCCGACACUGCCCGUACUCUCAACCUGGCCCCGGUCAGGCAGGAGGGCGAAGAGGGUCCGCCCGCUCGGCCGAGACAAGCGGCGCCCAAACUGUACUGCAAGGAACACAAGGAGGAGCUGAAACUCUUCUGUGAGACGGACAGGGAACUGAUCUGUGUGAUGUGUUUGGACGGGAGAGCGGGCGGCAGCCACAAGCAGCAUGACUUCAUGCUCAUCCACGAAGCUGUGGAGAAAUACAAGGUGAGUGAUAAACUGAAGUCCUCAUUGGACAUGCUGAGGCAGAAGAUGACCGUUCUGGAAACCAAACUGAGGGAGAAGGAGAGCUUUUCUGAAAUCGGGGAAAAGGCCACCAAUCUACAGGGUCUCAUUUCCUCCGAGUUCGCCAAGAUGCAUAGUUUUCUGGAGAGGAAGGAGGAUAGUUUAAUUCAGGAGCUGAAGGGCCACGAGGAGAACAUUUCGGAGACGAUGGAGAAGAACUUCGAGGAGAUCCAGGAGAGCCUGGACUCUGUUCAACUGAAGCUCUCAAAACUCCAUUCGACAAUGGACCGGAGGGAGAUACUGAAUUUCCUGGAGGAAGAAGCGUGCCAAAAGAAGAGCGAAGACAAUCUUCGGAUUAUAACGGGUGACAAUCUUCCUCUGGGACUGUUCAAAGGACCAUUGCAGUACACCGUCUGGAAGCAAAUGAUAGACUCCAUUUGGCCGGCUCCAUCCUGCUUGACAUUGGAUCCAAAUACUGCACAUUCCUGGCUCAUCCUGUCUGAUGAUCUGACCAGCGUGAGAUACGGCGACAAGGCGCAACUCCUGCCGGAGACGCCGGAGCGCUUCUACCCAUGUGUGUGCGUCCUCGCCUCCGAGGGCUUCACCUCGGGCAAGCACUACUGGGAAGUGGAGGUGGGAGACAGCACCGAGUGGGACCUGGGAGUGGUGGCCGAGUCGGUCAACAGGAAGGGAGACAUCACGGCCAUGCCCGAGGCCGGCUACUGGAUCGUGUGGUUGAGAAGGAGCGAGUACAAGGCGGGCACCCUGCCCCGCACUCGCCUGGCCGUCACCGUGAUGCCGAGGAAGAUCGGAGUCUACCUGGACUACGAGGAGGGCCAGGUGUCCUUUUACAACGCCGACAACAUGACCCACCUCCACACCUUCAUCGACAUCUUCACCGAGAAACUAUACCCGUUCUUCAGCCCCUGUCUCAAUGGUGGUGAGAAAAACACGGAGCCCCUCAGGAUCUGUUCCGCAAAAGACUUUUACAGCCCGGAGUACAACAAGCAAGCGGUGUCGUGGAAGAAGCGGGUGGCCUAGAGACUCGAGCCUGCGGUCAUUUCCUCUUCAUCUCAUCCAGAACAUUGCCUCCGGUUUGACAGUCAGAGUCGCCUGUGUUUGAGAGUUCAAAGAUGCCAAGUCACGAGAAUCAAG